AUGUCCAAGAGGGAUGACACUCUGGCAGCAGUUGUUCUACUAGGCAUGUUCGAGGCGAGUGUUAUACUUUGUGGCGGAACUAGCAAGUUUCGAGGUGCGGAUCAAUUGACACGACGGGAGGGCCUAGACUUGUUCACCCAGUUGCGUGCGCAAAUAAGUAUCGCCAAGAUCUACCAGGAAAAAUACAGCUCACCACUUCUUAUUCAACUGGUAGAGGAUGCAAUGAUUUACCGAGAUUCGAACGAUCACAUCGUUGACAAACUCGGCGUUGCAGUGAUGCGUUUGAGUAAUUUCUGUGCUUCAUUGAAGGAUGGAAGCAUGACAGAUUCCGGAGAGAUCAUCCGUACUGCCUUGACUAUCGAUGCACACCUCACAUCGCUGUUCAUUAGCGUUCCCACCUCAUGGGGCUACAGAAUAGUCAAUGUUCCACUCUUCAAUGGGGAAGCCAUCACUUCAGCUGUCUGGGGAAAGACCUAUCAUGUCUAUGGAAGUCUUGCUGCAAGCAGCAUGUGGAACAAUUACCGUUCGGCACGAAUUCUCAUUCACGAACUCAUCAUUGAUACUGUGAAGGCACUUGAUGUGUCCACCUUGGAAGAGACUGAUCGUCGGCAACAAGAAGCAUUGGCUAGUCAGAGCCGGCUUAUUGCGCAUCAACUAAUGGAGGAUAUAUGCUCCAGUGUCCCUUUCAAUCUUGGUAUAGGGACAGAAGCCUACGAAAACGACGACAUUGAAGUUUGCGCUCCGUUCCAAGUCACAGCGGCAGGAGGAUUUAGUCUAAUGUGGCCGCUGCUGAUUGCUGGAAACUGUGGACUUGCUUCUCAGGAGCUUCGUCAGUGGAUUACCAACUGCUUGGAUAAGAUCGGUCAUUCUAUGGGUAUUAAUCAAGCAUUGGCAAUGGCACAUCUCCUACGGCGAGGAAUGCCUUCCCGGGCAUGGCUGGAAGAUGACACGGACCAAAGUGAUCACUACAUUGGAUUUACGAGUUAUGACGGACUGGACUUAUUAGAAGAUGAUUGA